CAGACCCUCAUUCAGGACAGGGUUGUUCGACCUAAGACUUCUCUUAGGCAACAGAGCCUCAGAGCUCGGAGGCUCAGCACAGCAGAACUGUGCACGGCACAGCAUCGGUGAUGUCAGAGCGCUAAUCUCUCUGGGGGGAUUGGCGGAUGGACGCUUGUCAGAAACAUUUGAUGCUACCCUGGAUGAAAGCCGUUGGAGGCAGAGGGAGAGGCAGAGCUGGAGCUGUGCUGAGCUCCCUGCUUUUGUUUUUGUGUUGUGCUCAUGGAGCUUUCUGGAGUAAGGAUGCUGCCGUAUUCCAACAUGGGAAGACUGGCUGACGAGAGCGGCUGAGGGGGGAAGAGGAGAGGAAAGGGUCUGACUGAGAGGCACAAUCAGAAAAGCUGACUCUGUCUUUCCCUGUUUUCUCUCUGGCUCUUCCUUCAACAAUCACAAACACUCACUCGGAGCAGAGUGGGGCUCAGGCCUCUUGUUUUACUACUGCCGCAAGCACAAGGGGAGUUAGCGGGCAUCCUGCCCCAACCUUACAGCAGGCACACCAUGCUCUCAGUGGAUCUCAAUAAAGGAUUUAAUUAUCAGAGAACUGAUGAGGAGGCCGUGGUGGACCGUGGGGGCACACGCACCAUGCUCAACACCAACUUUGAGAAGGAAGAGCUUGAAGGUCACCGGACUCUCUACAUCGGGGUUCACGUUCCUCUGGGCCGGAGGUCACACCGACGCCACCGUCACCAUGGACACAGACACAGGAAGAGGUCCAAGGAGAGGGACUCCUCGGCUGACGAUGGACGAGAAUCUCCCUCACACACAGACACACCAGCUCAGAGGGUGCAGUUUCUGUUGGGGACAGAGGAUGGCGAUGAGGAGCACAUCCCCCACGCCCUGUUCACUGAGCUGGACGAAAUCUGCCUCAGGGAGGGAGAGGACGCUGAAUGGAAGGAGACAGCCAGGUGGCUAAAGUUUGAGGAGGACGUCGAGGAUGGCGGCGAGCGGUGGAGUAAACCCUACGUAGCCACUCUGUCUCUGCACAGUCUGUUUGAGCUCCGCAGCUGCAUCAUGAACGGCACUGUGAUGCUGGACAUGCGGGCCAACUCACUGGAGGAAAUCGCAGACAUGGUUCUGGAUCAGCACGAGGUGUCAGGCCCGGUGGGUCAGGAUGCCCGGAGGAGGAUCCGUGAAGCCCUGCUCAAACAGCACCAUCACCAAAACCACAAGAAGCUGGCCAACCGUAUCCCUAUUGUACGCUCUUUUGCUGAUAUUGGCAAGAAGCAGUCUGAACCUCAUUCCAUGGACAAAAAUGGCCAAACUGUUUCACCUCAGUCCCAGCCAGCCAGCAACGAGGGCAAACAGGACGUCAGCCGAGAAAACAGCGCCGUCGACUUCAGCAAGAUUGACCUCCACUUCAUGAAGAAGAUCCCUCCCGGUGCCGAGGCGUCCAACGUCCUGGUGGGGGAGCUGGAAUUCCUAGAACGCCCCGUGGUGGCCUUCGUCCGUCUGGCUCCCGCUGUGCUGCUCAACGGCCUCGCUGAAGUUCCCAUCACCACCAGGUUUCUUUUCAUCCUGCUUGGGCCUCUGGGAAAAGGUCCACAGUAUCAUGAAAUCGGUCGGUCUAUUGCUACACUGAUGACCGAUGAGAUUUUCCACGAUGUUGCUUACAAGGCCAAAGAUAGGAAUGACCUGGUGGCGGGCAUCGACGAGUUUCUGGAUCAGGUGACGGUGUUGCCGCCAGGAGAGUGGGACCCCUCCAUCAGAAUAGAACCUCCUAAAAAUGUGCCCUCUCAGGAAAAGCGGAAGAUUCCCCCUGUUCCCAACGGAGUGACAGACCUGGGAGAGUCGGGGGAACAUGGAGGGCACGGCGGCCCGGAGCUGCAGCGUACCGGGAGGUUGUUUGGCGGGUUGAUCCUGGACAUCAAGCGAAAGGCUCCUCCCUAUCUUUCCGACUACACGGACGCCCUCAGUCUCCAGUGUCUGGCCUCCUUCCUCUUCCUCUACUGCGCCUGCAUGUCGCCUGUCAUCACCUUUGGCGGACUCCUGGGUGAGGCAACAGAGGGACGAGUGAGCGCUAUUGAAUCCUUGUUUGGGGCUUCCAUGACGGGAAUAGCCUACUCCCUUUUUGCCGGUCAGCCCCUCACCAUCCUGGGCAGCACGGGGCCCGUUCUCGUCUUUGAGAAAAUCCUUUUCAAGUUCUGCAAGGAAUAUGGCCUCUCCUACCUCUCCCUGAGGGCCUGCAUUGGCCUGUGGACGGCCUUCUUCUGUCUGCUGCUGGUGGCCACGGACGCCAGCUCGCUCGUCUGCUACAUCACACGCUUCACCGAGGAAGCUUUUGCUGCGCUGAUCUGCAUCAUCUUCAUCUACGAGGCCCUGGAGAAGCUCUUUCAUCUCGGGGUGCACUAUCCCAUCAACAAACACAACAAUCUUCAGAAACUCACACAGUACUCAUGUGCAUGUGUGGAGCCCAGAAACCCGAGCAAUGAAACGCUACGUUUCUGGGAGGAGAGAAACAUCACAGCAUCGGAGGUGAACUGGACCAUGCUGGAGGUCAAGGAGUGCGAGAUGUUGCACGGGGAUUUUGAGGGCAGCGCAUGUGGCCCUCAUGGCCCCUACAUUCCCGACGUCCUCUUCUGGUGCGUGGUCCUCUUCUUCUCCACCGUCUUCAUGUCGGCUUUCCUCAAGGAGUUUAAGACCAGCCGCUACUUCCCCACCAGGGUUCGCUCCAUCAUCAGCGACUUUGCCGUCUUUAUCACCAUCCUGACUAUGGUGCUCAUAGAUUAUGCCUUGGGGAUCCCCUCACCUAAAUUACAGGUUCCCAGCAAGUUUAAACCAACCAGAGAUGAUCGUGGCUGGGUCAUAAACCCCGUGGGGCCUAAUCCCUGGUGGACCACCAUCAUCACUUUCAUUCCUGCUCUGCUCUGCACCAUCCUCAUCUUCAUGGACCAGCAGAUCACAGCCGUCAUCAUCAACAGGAAGGAGCACAAGCUGAAGAAAGGCUGUGGAUACCACCUGGACCUGUUUGUGGUGGGGGUCAUGCUGGGAGUGUGCUCGGUGAUGGGCCUCCCGUGGUUCGUGGCGGCCACCGUGCUCUCCAUCUCGCACGUCAACAGCCUGAAGCUGGAGUCGGAGUGCUCGGCCCCCGGGGAGCAGCCCAAGUUCCUGGGCAUCCGAGAGCAGCGCUUCACCGGCCUCAUGAUCUUCACCCUGAUGGGCUGCUCCGUCUUCAUGACCUCCGUGUUGAAGUUCAUCCCCAUGCCUGUGCUGUAUGGAGUCUUUCUCUACAUGGGGGCAUCCUCACUUAGAGGGAUUCAGUUCUUUGACCGGCUGAAGUUGUUUGGCAUGCCGGCCAAACAUCAGCCAGACUUCAUCUACCUUCGCCACGUCCCGCUGAGAAAAGUGCACCUCUUCACCAUCGUCCAGCUCAGCUGCUUGGUCCUGCUGUGGGUCAUCAAGACGUCCAAGGCGGCCAUCGUUUUCCCCAUGAUGGUUUUGGCCCUGGUGUUCAUCCGUAAGCUGCUGGACUUCAUCUUCACCAAGAGAGAGCUGAGCUGGCUGGAUGACCUGAUGCCAGAGUGGAAGAAGAAGAAACUGGAGGACGCUGCGCAAGAGGAGGAACACAGUAUUAUUGCAGAGGAGGAAGGCAUUGUUCAGGUGCCACUAGAGGGACAUUACAAGAGUGACCCAGCCACAGUGAACAUCACUGAUGAAAUGUCCAAAGGAUCUUUUGGGAGUGUUUGGAAGAAUGUCAACCCUGCUGAGAGCGCGAAAAAGGAACCAAGCGCGAAAAGCUCCCCUUCCUAACCUCUCAGAAGCUGAUAUCCCAAAGUUGUCCCAGAGGCGAAAAGCGACACAAGCGACGGAGGCAUGAGAAGAGCUUGGACAGGGAGACUAGUUUGUGAUGACACAUACUGGUGGAGCCACUGUGCUGUCAAUCAGUAGGUCAAAAAAAACAGAAAACAACUAUACCGUGCCACACUCAACCACCUUUGUACUGUGCUACACUGUGUUUUUUCGUCAUGUAGGUCUGUGUGCAAGUUGUGUAAAACAAAGCAACAUUUUGUUAGAAACAGUAGAGGAAAGCGAGACACGUCGGUGUUCUUUUUCUAUGUAUGUCAGUGUUCGGUGGUACCAGCAGCAGAAGGAAGCCAGAAUUCAGAAUUACGUGACACCCGCAGUAACCACUGUGUCGAUGGGCCAAUUCAGUAACAAUUUUAAACGAUUUUUAAACUUUAUUUGUAUUUUGUAUGUUUUUAUAUUUUUCCAACAACGACCGCGAGUUGUCCUUUUAAAAAGCUGCCGCAGCAAACCGCAAACGCGUGGAUUUUAUGUGGGUCAUUUAAUGCCGCUGUUGAAUUUAGCACACAUCACAAUAGACAAACUGAAAGAGUAGAUAUUUGCCACGACUAAUCUGUUUCACUGGUAUCUUAAAGAGUUGGCUAUAUAGCGAAUCUAGUAAAUUUUUGACCGUAACAAAUAUACGUUUUCUAUAUUCUGUAUAUGUAAAUGUUUGUGUGACGGUGACCACUCAUAUCACUCCACAGUCUUCUCCAUUGCUGUUUUACACAUAAACCUGUCUCUUCUUUGGCUUUGUGGGAAAUAAGAAUAUUUGCUUUGCUGCUGAGAACUCGAUGAGGAGACUCCAAUGUCACGUCUGUACGCUAAAUAUGAACCUAAAGCAGGGGUGUCAAACUCAUCUUCAUUCAGGGGUCAUAAUUAGUCCAAUUUGAUCCCAAGUAACCACUAAAAUCACAGCAUAAUAACCGGCAAAUAAACACAACUCCAGUUUUUUCCUUUGUUUUAGUGCAAAAAAGUCCAUUCUGAAAUUAUUCACAUUUAAGCAGUUAUCUUGUUGCAAAACAUUAUGAACAAAAUGAAAUUUGUUAAGAAAAAUGAGUCCAAUUUCAGCAAUAUUAACCUUCAGUUUAUCAUUCACAUAAAGUAUAUUAUAAAAAUGAGACACAAAGUGACAAAAAAUGAGACAAUCGACAAAAACAAGUUUAAAAAAAUGACACAAAUGAGACAAAAAAUGACAAAAUGAGAAACAAAACGACAACAACAUGAGACAAACGCCAAAAUCAGACAAAAAACCCACCAAAAACAAGACAAAAUAUUACAAAAAUGAGACACAAAAUGAGAAAAGAACAAUCUAGUAUUUUACUUUAUGAUCAAAACAACUUGUCAUGGUCUAUAAAUUAUUUUAAAUUUAUACUUUUACUAAUUUACAAUCUGCAGUUAAUGUCUUCGCUUUCAUUAUUACACUUUGAGGGCCAGAUUUUACCAUCUGGAGGGCCGGUUUUGGCCGGCGGGCCGCAUGUUUGACACCCCUGACCUAAAGCCAGCAGCUAGUUAGCUUAGCUUAGCUUAGCUUAGCACAUGGACUGAAGUGAAACAGCAAGCCUGAUUCUAGUCAACAGUCAAUGAAAAAAACACUAAAUCUCACUAAUUAACACUUUGUAUGUUCGUUUUUUAAAAUUCAUACGAAAGCAAAGUUUAGAAUCGACAUGUUUGUGGUCUUAAUAUUUCUUGCUUGCUUCAUAUAUAUCGCACAGAUACAAGAGACAUAUCUUGCAAAGAGAGAAAAUAAUCUUAUUUUCCCAGUAUUCCUUUUGAUUAAAGUAUUUUUUGGGGGGGGGAGGGGCAGCUUUUUGGUAAAUUACUUCAUUUUCAAACUAGCAUUAGCAUGGCAGCAUAGUUCAGGAACUCUCGGCAUCUCUGGCUGCUUGGCCUUGGCUUUUUAAGAAACUCCUCAAACUUGCAAAAUGCAGAACUCUUGGGCGACUGUACAGAAAGCUCCGUGUUUUCCACGUGCGUGCUCUCCGUCAUCUCGUCAGUAAGUGUCAUCCAUGGACAUGUGAUCUCCUCUCCAAAUGACCCACGGUGUGUUAGCAUCCGAAGCUAAUUUUUUUUGUUGUUGUUGAAAAAACAAACAAACACCUGCAUAAAGGGUGAAACAGCCUCGUCUGUCUUGCUGCAGGACCAUGGUUACUUCUAGAGAUGCAAUAAUACCUUUUUUCUGGGAAGGGCAACAUGUAAUAAACGGUAAAGAGUCUUAACAAUGUAUAGUACAUAGUAUAUUUUAUUCAUGUAAAAUGUUACUAAUAUAUUACUAACAUGAGUCGGUGUUGAAUUCAGGUUUUUGUUGUAGAUGUUCUUUUUCCCAUUGUCUAAUUGAUGGUUCUUAGUUGAUUAGAGAAAUUAAUAAUGGGUCAAAAUUAUAUUGAUAUCAAAUAAUUUGACCACUUCUGUGUGGAAUUCUGCCUUAAAUUUGGUAGUAAUAGCUGUACACUUUGGGUUUAAUAUUUUAAGUCACCUGUAUAGAAAACUCAUCAGUUCGGACCUGUUGUUCAAUUGUGAUUUGUUUCAGGAGAAUGAGAGAGAGCGAGAGAGAGAGAGAGAGAGAGAGAGAGAGAGCAUAAAUAAAGAUAUUAAACUGCUGAAA